AUGUUUGCCGUCAGAAGCGCUCUCCGCCUCAGUCCGAAGCUUUACAUUCCCGCUUUGGCAAGGCGAGGAUGCGCCGGAGCUGCAACCCCGGUGGACGAUGUGGUGAACGGGCUGACAGACGAGCAGAUUCAGCUCAGGCAAAGUGUUCGUAAAUUCUGUGCAGAAAAACUUGCACCCCAUGCUGCUGAGAUAGACAAGAAGAAUGAGUUUGCAGGGAUGCGGGAAUUCUGGAAAGACAUGGGUGACAUGGGGCUGCUCGGCAUAACAGCACCAGUGGAAUACGGAGGCACUGGAUUGGGCUACCUCGAUCACGUCAUCGUAAUGGAGGAAAUUUCUCGCGUGUCGGCUGCCAUCGCUCUCAGCUAUGGCGCCCAUUCCAACUUGUGUGUCAAUCAGAUGGUGCGCCACGCCAAUGACAAACAGAAAGAGAAGUACAUGCCAAAGUUACUGACUGGAGAGCAUGUGGGCGCUUUGGCCAUGAGUGAGCCGAAUGCUGGCUCUGAUGUCGUGUCUAUGAAACUCAAGGCAAAGAAGCAAGGUGACUCAUAUAUUCUGAACGGUAACAAGUUCUGGAUUACAAACGGGCCAGACGCUGAUGUCCUGAUUGUAUACGCCAAGACAGACCCAGAGGCCUUUCAGAGAGGCAUCACCCCAUUCAUUAUUGAGAAGGGGAUGCCGGGGUUCUCUACAGCACAGAAGCUGGACAAACUGGGAAUGAGGGGGUCCAACACAUGUGAGCUGAUUUUUGAAGACUGCAAAGUCCCAGAAGAGAACAUGUUAGGUUCAUUAAACAAAGGGGUAUAUGUAAUGAUGAGCGGUCUGGAUCUGGAGAGACUGGUGCUUGCAGCUGGACCUGUGGGCAUCAUGCAGGCUGUUUUGGAUGCUGCGAUUCCUUACUUACAUGUCAGAGAAGCCUUUGGAGAGAAGAUCGGAACCUUCCAGCUAAUGCAAGGCAAGAUGGCUGACAUGUACACCAGGUUGAGCUGCAGUCGGCAAUAUUUGUACAAUGUGGCCCGGGCCUGCGACAAAGGACACUUCAGUGCUAUGGACUGUGCCGGAGUCAUUCUGUACUGCGCUGAGAAUGCUACCCAGGUCGCGCUGGACGGAAUUCAAUGUUUGGGAGGUAAUGGCUACAUCAACGACUACCCCGUGGGACGCUACCUACGGGAUGCAAAACUGUAUGAAAUCGGCGCGGGUACAAGUGAAAUCCGCCGCCUUAUUAUCGGACGAGCCUUCAAUGCCAUGUUCAAGUGA